GCAAGGUCCAAAAGGCGUGUACACUGGUGUACACCUCUCACUCGGUCAACACAUGUUUAUUUAAGUACAAAAUCAUAUACGUAUACGUAAUAAUACGCAAGUGUUAUUAUGAAUAUCUACGUAAACCUUUUUUUUUUUUUAAUUAUUUAUGUUUAUUAAAAAUUUAGUCUAUUAAAAGUUAAAUUAAAUUGAAUUAUAAUAUAUUUUUAAGUAUAAAUAUUAUUGUAAAUAUGGAUCCACCAGUAUUUCCUGAAGAAAUAUGGAUCAAAAUAUUACUUUAUUGCGACGUACCGGACAUCAUUGCUUUCGGCAGUACUUGCAAAUAUUUAAGAAAAACAUCAGACACUGAUUAUCUCUGGAAAAUGAAAUGGUUACAAUUGAUAUCAAAAGUACAAUUUAAAUUUCCAGAUAUAAAAUGUUUACAAUUAUUAAGUGUAAGUUUUAAAGCAAUGUGUUAUCGUUUGUAUAUGGUAAUAACACUUGGUGAAAAUCCACCAUUUCCAAAAUGUUGUCAUUGCAGUGGUUACACAUGUCAUCGUAAUUGUGUUGAAGGUUCAAGUUCAAAAGUUGUUAUUGAAAUUGGUAAUAAAUUCACCUGGGUUAUAACACCACAUUUUGGUUUAAAACGUCAUUUUUCAUUAUUUGGUAUACCAAAAUGUGAUACAAAAUUACAUCCAAUACAAAAUAAUAAUACCAAUUUAUCACAAUCUCAAAUAAAAAUUAAUAAAAAUGAUAAAAAACAAAGUAGCAGUAGUAGUAGCAGUGGUGGUGGUGUUGGUGGUAGUUGUGGCAGUAAUAGUACAAUAUUAAAUCGUACAAAAACAGAUUAUAAAUCAAUUGCUAAAAAAUUAAAAUCAUUAAAAUUAUCUGAAUUAACAACAAAUAAAUUACCAAGACCAAGUGGUCCAUUUUGUGUUUUUUGUAAUUCAGUUAAAUUAUAUAGAGAAAAAAAACGUUUAACUGUACAUCCACUUGAAGCAUUAUGUUAUACAAAAUCAAAUCCUCUUUAUCAACGACUUAUUAAUGGCUAUUGUACAGAUACUGUUGAAGUACUUGGUAUACCAAAUGUUGAUGUUGUUAGUCCAGCCGAGGCAUUACUUGAUGAUGCAUCAUUUUCAGUAUUAAAAACAUUUGUUGAUCAUUUAUUUCAUCAAAUGGAACUUACUCCAACCCUAAGAAAACCAAAUGCUGUAUUAAUUUUUUGUGAACCAUUAGCAAUGCAUCCAUUAUUACGUAAACAAUUAUUACAUUAUUUAUUUCAAGAAGUUAAAGUUGCAAGAGUUUGUCUUGUUCCAAAACCAUUGGCAGCAUGUGCAAUGCUUGAUGUUGAAACUUGUGUUGUUAUUGAUAGUGGUGCAUUAAGUACAACUGUUGCUGUUGUUAUUAAUGGAAGAGUUAUGCCACAAAGAUGGAGAUUAUUACCAGUUGGUGGUUGGCAUGUUGCUUAUCAUCUUAAACAAGCUAUGCAUUGGCAACCAAAAGAAUAUCAUCAAAUACCAAUAUCACAUUUAGAUACAAUUGCUGUUAAAGAAAGAUGUCGACUUAGUUAUAAUAUUGAAAAUGAAGAAAUUAAAAAAGGACCAACUAAACGUGAACAUAUUAAUCUCAGGGUUGAUAGUUAUGCUGAUUAUAAACAAUUUUGGAAAGUAUCACUGGGUCCUGAGCUUUAUAUUGCACCUGAAAUGAUGUAUGUUUCAUUAAAUUUACCACAAAUUAUUAAAGAAGUAACAACUGGUCUUGAUGCUGAUUUAAUGCAUGAUUGUUUAUCAAAUAUUCUUCUUACUGGUGGUAAUACUGAUUUAUCAGGUUUUGCACUUAGACUGAGAAAAGAUUUAAAACAAUUAUUACCUGAUCAUCAGGCAAUUAUUGAAGUACAAAGUUGUCCUGGUACUCACAGUUGGAAUGUUGCAAUGGGAUCCACUUAUGUACCACUUGCUGUUAAUCCAGAUAAAACACCACCAGAGUAUGUCGAAGGAAAUCCAUUUUGGCUUUCUCGCGAAGAGUAUGUACUUUUUGGAUGUCAAUCUCUUGAAUAAUGAAAAUUAUCAACGAGAAAAUAAUUGGUAAAUUUUAAAAUAUUUUUUUUUAUAUUAAUAAUAAAUUUAAUAGUCUAUUUUAUUUAUUUUUUUUUGCUUUAUUAUGAAGUUUAAAAUGCAUAAAAAUACGUUAUCAUGAUGAAAUAAAACGUAUAGUUUAUGAUAACUGUUAAUUAAUAAAUUAUUGAUGCAAAAAUAUAUUAAAAAAUUAUUAAAGUUUUUGCACAUAAAAACAUUAUUAAAUGCACAUUUCUAUAUUAAAAAUAAUAACAUCUUUAUAAAAUUUAUAAAAAACAAACAAAAUGUUAAAAGUUCAAAUUUAAUUUUUAAAAAAAAUUUCAAAUAUUUAGCUUUUUUAUUUAUUUUUAUUUCAUAUUAAAUUUAUUGUUGAUUGUUUUUUUGAUUUGUAAAUAGUUUAUUAAUUGUAUUUAUUUAUUUUGUAAAUACAAAAAUUAGUGAGGAUUAUAAAAAAAAAAAAAUAUUAAAAAAAAUAAUGAUUUUAUGGGGCUUUAAUCAAAGCAAGUAUUAUCUUUAAUUUAUAUUUGACAAAAAAAAAAUAUGCCCAACAAGUUGAGAGGAUAAAAAGUUUAUUUAAUAAUAAAUAAAUAAAUAAAUAACAAUAAUAUAAUAAUAAUUGAUAAUAAAAUUCUUCUAGUCAGUACGAAAUGAGUUGUUCAUUGUAAUUUUGUGUACGAAUGUUUGUCAAUAGAUUAUAAUUAAUAAAAAGAUAAUAUAUUUAAAAAAAAAACAAAAAACUAUGUUGAUAAAAGUAUAUUAGACCCUGUUGAAAAACAAAAAAUUUUUCUAUUAAUUAAUUAUCAAGUAUUUGUUGUUAAAUAAAUUGGAAAAAUAGAUGAAAAAUCUGUGUAAAAUCUCACCAUAAAAAUUAUUUCCUUCCUCACU